AGUCAGAUGACACACACCAACGCAGCCGAACGCAAAAAGUAAAUUAGCGUCGUCGCGCGGCGCGGCGCGCAUUGUUUUCGCAAUUAGCCGUCGGUCGCAUCGCUCUGCGGUUAAACGCGCGCGCGGUCGCCGCAUAAAUAUGUUGCUGCUGGAUUCGCAGCCGACUUUUAUCACAAUCACGCGUUCCCUUGUGCACCAGUGCAGCGCAGCCGCAGGUUAUGUGCCGUUGAUCGCGUCGAAAUCGUGCGCGAAAAUGCCCGAUCAGUGAUAACAUUGAUAACAACGUGCGCGCGGGAUAAACAAUGCUGAAGAUACAAAUGCUGGAGCAGCUCGUCACCAGCGAGGAGGACGGCGGCGGCGGCGGCGGCAACGACGAACCUGAACUACGAAGGCGACAGCAUGCGACGGGCACGACGACCAUUUGGCAUCACAGUACGGCGAUGGCUCAAUUACCGUCCGCGCCGGUAAACGUGAACAACAACAACAACACGACCACCACCAACAGCACGCCGAGCGCGCUCUCGACGCCGGAGCGUCUCAAAGGCACCACGUACGACUUGUUCGAGCUGCUGGAGAAGGCGCAAGGCUCCCGCUUGGACGACCAGCGAUGCGUUCUACCCGCGUACUUCAAACAGGUAAACAACAAUAAUACAAGUAGAUCUUCGCCUUCGAGCGCCUCUUCGUCUUGUGCACUACUUCGAAACCAAUCUUUCUCGCACAUUUCUGCUUCUUCGACCAAGCACAAUACAAGAACACAACAAAACACAGCCAAAACAAACGCAAACAUUAACAGUUUCCUACGGGCGACAGCAACUCAGCAAAGACACAGCACCGGUAGCACCGACAAGGAGUGCCACCAGCGACUGUCCAGCAGCAGCAGCAACAACAACAAAAUCUCCUCACUCGGAGGCGGCGACCGGGGUGCCAUCACGCCUGUGUACCACCGCUCGUCGUCCCUGUGUGGCACACCGCCCGGCUCGCCGCAAUCGGCCAACUCGCAGCAGUCGACGCAGACACAAUGCAGGCGUCUAUUGCAGGAAACGCUAUCGCGACCCGGCCAGCUUCCUCUGAUUGUGGCGGCGGAAAACGGCGGUUAUUGGGUGGACGGCACCGACCACGAAUGCUCGUUCGAUUUGCGCGGCGCAGUCAUCCUGCCGCACGGCACUUGGCGCGCCAAGAUCGAGACGGACGACACGGCAAAGUGCUAUCGCCGCUUCUUCCAUGGCCGGGACCACUCGAAUCUCAUCGGCACGGACGAGACGCUCGGCCCUGUCCUACUUUCAAUAAAGUACGAUAAUGUAGGGAACCAGGAGCAUACUCGCAUCAUGCUGCGAUUGAAGACUGGCACAAUGCACGAAUUGGUCCCACUCUCCUGCAUGGGCACACAACCCACCCCGCAGAAAAUGGCAAAGUUGCUAAAUGAAUCUCUGCAUAUCGAGAAUUUCACUCCGGUGCUCUGCCCGAAGUCAUCAAGUCUCAUUGCUACCUAUGACGAACACGUGCUGGUUUCCACCUUCAAAUUUGGAGUGCUCUAUCAGAAAUUUGGCCAGACCACCGAGGAGGAGCUUUUCUGCAACAAUGAGACAACGCCGUCGUUCGACAACUUCUUGAAUUUGCUUGGUUCACGCAUCCAGCUCAAAGACCACAAGGGUUACCGAGGUGGACUAGACAUUCAGAAUGGGCACACAGGUGAUAGCGCCGUUUAUGAGAGCUUCAAGGACAGGGAGAUCAUGUUCCACGUGUCCACCUUGCUACCAUACACGGAGAGCGAUCCGCAGCAAUUGCAGCGCAAGCGACACAUUGGCAACGACAUUGUCGCCAUUGUUUUUCAAGAGGAAAACACCCCAUUCAGUCCUGGUAUGAUUGCCAGCCACUUCUUGCACGCGUUUAUUGUCGUGCAAGUGGUUGAUGGUAACACUCCCAACGCCAGAUACAAGGUGAGUGUCACCGCACGCGAUGACGUGCCCUUCUUUGGACCAACGCUACCUACCCCAGCAGUAUUUCGGCAUGGCCCCGACUUCAAGGAGUUUCUUCUCACGAAACUUAUCAACGCGGAGAACGCGUGCUACAAAGCGGACAAGUUUGCUCGUCUCGAGCUACGCACCCGGGCGUCUUUGCUACAGAAUCUCACAACUGAAUUGAAGGAGAAAACAACCGAAUUUCUAACGACUGGUCCCGUGGCCCCUCUCACGCCUAAGAGCGAUUCUGGGCCCGGCUCACGUUUCAUGGACACGGUCCGAAAAGCCUGGACGUCGCGGGUCAAGUCCUCUUCCAGCGUGAGCGUCGACAACGGUAACAACAACAAUCUGAAACAUGAGGAGAAAACAGACAAACACACGAAGAAGUCUAGUCAAGCCAUGGGCAACGGAAGCACACCAUCGAGCAUUCGUUCGUUGUCGAAGAAGAGCAGCACUUCAUCAACGACAUCUUCGCCCGACUUAACCGCCCACGCACAAUCGCAUUCUCAUUCAGCCAUGUCGGAGGCGUCGGACGAUUCGCUAACCAGCGAGGACUUGGAACACUUAGUGGGCGGCUACAUUGAUAGCGAUACAGGGUUGGAGAGUAUGAGCAGUGCGGAGACGGCUGCGAAAUCAUGCAGUGUCUGCCAGGAUCAGCCGCUGCCCAGCAGUGGUGUUAACGACACCCUUAUGCAGGAAGUAACGCGACUGAAGUGCGACAAACUGGAACUUCUGCGUCAGAAUGUCACCUGUCAACGGGAUAUGAAGCGAUUGCGCGAGAAAGAACUCACCCUGCAGGCCGAUCUCACAAUGGCGACCAAGGAGAUCGUGCGUCUCAGAGAACUGUUGAAGGACUACAGUCCCAAUGGCGAGCUGUCGUCACCCUCUUAAGUUAUUAAUUUCACCCCAUUGAUGUGGUUUGCACCUGCAUCGACUGCAUUCUUGCAUUUUUCGAAGCUUUUCGAAGGUUUUUUUAAACAUUUAAUGAACAAAGAUUAUGUUUACCAACACGCGUUAAUGUAAUACCAAUUAUACCAAAGUAACAUUCCCUUUCUUGAUUUUUCUUAAUGUUUUUUUUCUGUUUGCAACUUAAAUGAAAUUGCAAAGAAUGUUUAAUUAUUUAAUUAGAAUCAUAGGCAAAGAAGACGAAACAAAGAUACCUUUUAAGGAUACGUUUAAGAGAGAGAAAUGAUAUUUAUAUAAAUAUAUUGUAUUAUUAUUAAUAUUAUAUAUACACUUAUAUUGUAGAGUAGUUGCUUAGUUGUAUUAAUGUUACAUGUGUAAUGAUAGGGAAUACAUAAAAGUGCACUGGUUUUUUUUUCUACCGAAAGAAACUGAUAUGUGAUUGAUUGUAAACUGAUGCAAAGUGGAAACACUUUAUGAUAACGGAUGGCCUUCACAAAUACACUAUUUAAAUACA